GGAAACGGAAGUGGGGUGUGUAUCGACUGCCUCUUAGCAACGCAAGAGGUCAAAUGACCUAACCAGCUGACUCCAGUAGGGAAGGGUUUGUGGCUGCGGGAACUGGAGCUGGUGGUGCAGCCACCGUUGCCCGGCCGGGUAUUCGAGCCAAACUGUCAUCGCCAAAAUGUCAGGAAAAGACCGAAUUGAAAUCUUUCCCUCUCGAAUGGCCCAGACUAUCAUGAAGGCUCGGUUGAAAGGUGCACAGACAGGCCGAAACCUCUUGAAGAAAAAAUCCGAUGCUUUAACUCUUCGAUUUCGACAGAUCCUAAAGAAGAUAAUAGAGACUAAAAUGUUGAUGGGUGAAGUGAUGCGAGAAGCUGCCUUUUCACUAGCUGAAGCCAAGUUCACAGCUGGCGACUUUAGCACCACAGUUAUCCAGAAUGUGAACAAAGCCCAGGUGAAGAUUCGUGCAAAGAAAGAUAAUGUAGCAGGUGUUACUUUGCCAGUGUUUGAACAUUACCAUGAAGGAACUGACAGUUAUGAACUGACUGGUUUAGCCAGAGGUGGGGAACAGUUGGCGAAGUUAAAGAGAAAUUAUGCCAAAGCAGUGGAACUACUGGUGGAACUCGCUUCACUGCAGACUUCAUUUGUUACCCUCGAUGAAGCUAUUAAGAUAACCAACAGACGUGUAAAUGCUAUUGAACAUGCUUUAGAAGGGUUUAAGACAGUGCAUCUGCUGACAGUAAGCGAAGAGCAGUAUGUGGCAAGUACAACAGAAAGUUACAAAGUGGUUGCUACAAGUGUGUGUAUGAUUGAAGGAGUUGUAGAAGAAAGUG